AUGCCAUCAGUCGAGCUUCCUCACGAGGUCUGGAUAAAUAUUCUAUCCUUCCUCAAGGAUUUUUUAUCACUCUAUAAUUUUGCGCAAACCUCGAGUGGAAAUUAUCAAUUUGUUGAAUCAUCUAGCAACCUUUUGCAUUAUUUCAUUUCGGCUAAUAUCCGUCUCAUCGAACCUCGUACCUUUAGCUCCGCUUCAACUGUGUAUCCUUCCAAGUCGCAAGGAGAUGAUGAAAAAUCCAAGCAAGAGACUGAACUCGCGCAUCUCCUCUCGAAAGCUAUCUUUAACCAGAUGACCAUGAUGAAGUCAUGUUUUGAAGAUGUCAAGACCUGGAAAGACUUUGCAAAAACUCGUAAACGUAUUGAAGAUAAUUGGCGUUCGGGGAAUGGCUGCUGGAGAACGAUCAUAAGACCCACCAACCUUCUAGGUUUGAGCCUAGUUUGGAGAUUUAAAUUCGAUCCUGAAUUCAAUUAUUGGGCAGCCGUAGAUUUGCCAGGGAUCAUCGAAGUCAUUUCCCCGAUCGCGCCUGGCCACUACAGGAGGUUGAGGAUACUGCCAGGACGUGCUGAACGCUCUACCCAUCUCGAAAGCUCUGGUCCAUUCAUCGUCACUAACUGUCACCGCCAUCGAUUUCAAGUUUGGAAACGCAUCGAAGGCGCUUUCGACAGCGCUGUUCCAGCUCAAGACGAGCCAUGGCCAUAUGCUCGAAUAGCAUACCAAGGAAUGCAACAAGACGGAGAAGCCAGUCUCAUAGUCGAAGAGCGUGACAGCUCUCCAAUAUUCACAUUUCACUGUUACCUCGAUAUGCCAAUCCCAGCAUUUUGUUUCAAGGCACGCGCGCCUUAUCUCGCUGCAGGAUCUUAUCUUGGUCAAAGUAUAUACGUAUGGAAUCUAGAGACGGGAAAACUAGUGGAAGAAUACGACGUAAGCGGCCGCGAAUCCGACGACAUGACGUACAUCGAUUUCGACUCAAGGUUUAUCUUCCUUGCGAGUUUACGGGACAUUCACGUCUAUGACAGGGUCACAAACCGAUCCAUUUACUCAAUACCACCUAGACCGGUGGAAAAUCUGGAGUACUACGCUGACAAGAUCCACGAUCCGAUCUGGUCGAAUGUUACGGUAUUAUUGUCUCCGACUUUGAAAAAGCGAAAACAAGCCACCGUGCAACUCUAUAGUUGUCUGUGCGAAUGGGUCGCUGUACAUUACGAUCACCAAAAUGGACACCUAGUGGCGCUUAGUCGGCAAGGGUUUUUGAUUUGGACAUCUAACUACAGUCAGACCUUGCUGACCAAGAACUCAGUGUCAAACCGAGACAACUUUGUCGUCUUGUACGGUGACGGAGGAGGCACCAACCUGUGUGUCGAAAAUGGACGCGCAGUUUUCAGUAGCAGUUUUUUCACCUCCGAUGGUGUCAGAUUCGAAAGUCUUUAUGCUUUAGAGCUGACAAACUGGUCGGACCAUACAAGCUUUAUCGCCUCCACGCCAAGGCUGACUAAUCUAGUUAAGAUAGUCCCUUCUGUGGUACCAAUCUCCCGCCUCGAGAUGGACUCCUGUGCAAUUUACGCUACGGUCUGCGACGCACGUUCUAACCCCGAACUGUGUGAAGCAUGGCAAACCUUACAGUACGAUCAUAACAGUAUCUACCCAUUGCUAUCUAAACUAACUUGGAUGGACUUGGACGGAAAAGAAUUACACACAGAUGAGCGACUAUAUCCAAUCGAUCAUAUCCUUCCAAUUUCACUGGAGGAGUUUGAACGUUGUUGGGAUCUUUGGGAACAUGAACAAAUUGCUAUACUAAAACUCUUAGAAAAGGCUGAUACGAAGCAAUAUAGAUUUGAUGUUGUUGGUGUACAAGGCAAGACUUGCAAUCAUACUUCUGGGCGCGAACCCUUGAGUAUUGGUCAUAUCAGACAUCACUAUAACGCUCCACUCAAGGUUGAAAAUGAAAGUGUGUGUGGCCAGGCUUUUGGUACAAGAUUACCGGUUUGGGAUGGCUCUUGGCAUGCUUUAUAUGAUACGACAGGGGCACGCAGAUCCUCAUGGAUGUGGUCGGAUGCACCAUUCGAUAAGUCUGAUCAGGAUUGUGCUGUUAAUGUUGAUCUGAACCGAACAAUUAGACAUGAUGAUCAUUAUUAUCAUUUGGAUGGUCACAUUUUGUUAUUAUCAGUUAUCCAAUCAUCUAUCAACAUUGUAAAUGUUUUGCAUGGUCUAGGCAAGGCAUCAGCUUGGAGACAUGCUUGUGGACUAAGUUGCAAACAGUAG